CAGAAGAAGAAGAAAGUCAAACACGUGUGGUCUUCUCACAGCGUGAUCAGGAGUCUCAUCAGAAUAACACUGAUCGGUUAUCGAUCGUAAUUUCAUUAAUUUUUAUUUUAAAAAUGACAAAGUCGAAGAAGGAGAAACAUCCGGCGGAUGUGGAGGAGGCUGUGGCGGGAGAUGGAGCUGAGAGAUCGUAUCAGGACCUCAUCGCUAACGUCAACCCGAUCGCUCAACCACUGGCCUCCAAAAAACUCAGCAAGAAGCUCUACAAAUGCGUCAAAAAGGCAGCCAGAGUAAAAAAUAUUCGCAGAGGAGUCAAAGAGGUCCAGAAGUUCAUCAACAAAGGAGAAAAGGGGAUCGUGGUGUUGGCCGGAGACACACUGCCCAUCGACGUUUACUGUCACCUUCCUAUCAUGUGUGAGGACAGGAACCUACCCUACGCCUACAUCCCCUCUAAAGUGGAUCUGGGUUCAUCGGCGGGCUCUAAGCGGCCCACGUGUGUGAUCCUGAUCAAGCCUCAUCAGGACUAUCAAGAGGCCUAUGACGAGUGUUUGCAGGAGGUGAGCGGCCUACCUAAACCGCUCUGAGACAUCAUCCUGGGACCCCUCCUUUACCUCUCAGUGCCAUUUUUUUAGGUUUCUCUGUCCUCAUCUUGUUCAGGAACUUGAAGAAAUGUAAAUAAGACUGCAUUUAAUGUGUCCGAUGUUGAGGCUAGGCUAGCAGUUUCCCUUCGCUUCCAGUGUUUGUGCUAAGCUCGGCUAACAUUGUCCGGGGCCGUCUGAGUCUGUGAACGUCACACAAGGUUGUUUAGAUUAACAUCAGCUUUCUAUUUUUGCAUUCAGAGAGUAAUGAAUCAUUUGGUGCCUUUUCUAAUCAGAGUUUUUCCCUCUGGUCAUUUAGAUUGAUAACCCUCACAGCAGGGCAAUAAAGAUGUGAUUUUCAGCCUUGAAAA